UGGGGAAGCCGCGACACACGCGAACUGCAGCGCGCCGGGAACCCAGCGCCUCACUUCCGGGAGAGGCGGGAAGUGUACCGGAAGGGGCGGGACCCGGAACUUCGCCUGCCCCUCUUCUGGGGUUGGCGCCGCGGCACGCGUCUGUGGCGUCACUGCGCUCGUGCCUUGCCCCACUGUCACCGACGCUGACACCUUCGUGCUGUGGGACGUCGCGACCUGUGACGUCAGGAGGGUGCCUCAGGUGUUCAACCCCAGCCUGGAGUCCCGGAAAGGCAGCGUCGGGGACCAGAUUCGGAGCGCUUUCUUCCCCUGCCACCUGCAGAGCUGAGCCCAGCCCGGGUCCUGGACCCGCCUGGGACUGAUCCUGGUUCCCUGCCACGGCGAUCUCGCUCCCGGCGCCACCGGCUGGACCCCGGGAUGCCGGGCGUCUCCGCCCGGGCCCUCUCUCACGAGGAGAGGAGGCAGCUAGCUGUGAACCUCACCCGCGUCCUGGCGCUCUACCGAUCCAUCCUGGACGCCUACAUCAUCGAAUUUUUCACAGACAACCUGUGGGGCACUCUCCCUUGCUCAUGGCAGGAAGCAUUGGAUGGACUGAACCCGCCACAGCUCGCCACACUGCUGCUGGGGAUGCCUAGGGAAGGGGAAGUGGUCAGGUACAGGUCGGUGUGGCCACUUACCCUGCUGGCCUUGAAGUCCACAGCCUAUGCCCUGGCAUUUACCCGGAAGCCUGGGUUUCAGAGCCCCUCAGAGUUCCUGGAGAACCCCAGCCAGAGCUCACGACUGACGGCUCCAUUCCGGAAACAUGUCAGGCCCAAGAAGCAGCAUGAGAUCCGGAGGCUGGGAGAGUUGGUGAAGAAGCUGAGUGACCUCACAGGCUGCACCCAGGUUGUGGAUGUAGGCUCAGGCCAGGGCCAUCUUUCCCGCUUCAUGUCCCUGGGGCUGGGGCUGAUGGUGAAGAGCAUUGAAGGGGAUCAAAGACUGGUGGAGAGAGCCCAGCGCCUGGACCAGGAGCUCCUGCAGGCUCUGGAGAAAGAGGAGAAGAGGAACCCACAGGUGGUCCAUACUGGCCCUCGCCACUUCCCGCACCACGUGGUUAGGUGGGUAGACCCCACGGCCCUGUGUGAGGAGCUUCUGCUUCCACUGGAGAGCUCACCUCAGGGUGGGGCCCGCUUGCUGCUCACAGGCCUCCAUGCCUGUGGGGAUCUGAGCGUCGCCUUGCUGAGGCACUUCUCCUGCUGCCCUGAGGUGGUGGCCUUGGCCUCAGUGGGCUGUUGCUACAUGAAGCUGAGUGAUCCUGGUGGCUACCCACUGAGUCAGUGGGUGGCUGGGCUGCCUGGCUACGAACUGCCCUACAGGCUGCGGGAGGGGGCCUGCCAUGCCCUGGAGGAAUAUGCUGAGCGGCUACAGAAAGCAGGCCCUGGCCUCCGAACCCACUGCUACCGGGCAGCGCUGGAGACAGUUAUCCGCUGUGCCCAGCCUGAGCUCCGUCGGCCAGGCGUGCAGGGGAUCCCCAGGGUCCACGAGCUCAAGAUCGAAGAAUAUGUGCAGCGGGGGCUACAGCGGGUAGGGCUGGACCCCCAGCUGCCGCUGAAUCUGGCUGCCCUUCGGGCCCACCAGGCCCAGGAGAACCGUGUGGUGACCUUCUUCAGCCUGGCCCUACUGCUGGCCCCACUGGUGGAGACACUGAUUCUACUGGACCGGCUGCUCUUCCUUCAGGAGCAGGGCUUCCACGCUGAGCUCCUGCCCAUCUUCACCCCUGAACUGUCUCCCAGAAACCUGGUUCUGGUGGCUACCAAGAGGCCGCUGGGUCAGGCCUUCUCUGUUCUGGAGACCGAAGACAGCUGACACAGCCUGAGGAAGGGCACAUCUCAGAGCCCAUCUGAACCACCCAGGUGCCACAGUGGGUGGCAGAGUCUGCACCUCCUUACCCAGAGAACCAGCAUCCUGCGUCCUCCCUGGAAUCCUGUUUCCCCACAAACCUUCAGCUUCAUAUCCUUUCUCUCCAUGUGUUAUGUAAUAUUAUGUAAAAAUUUAUUUUUCAUUUAUUAAAAAAUUGAAAUCUU